ACCUAGAGUGUUAUUAGACAGGCUUGAAAAACUCACCACCUUCUUCUGAAUCACUAUUACCCGUUCCUCUCGCGUGAAUCUUAGUUACCUACCUAAGAUACCGUCUCACAACAUAUCUGUCGGCCCUUCAAUGCUAGUUGAGUUCACGAAAGAUAGCUCAUGUCACCCCUCCAUUCAUAACUUCUUCCUAGCAACCUAUCAGCUUAUAUAAUAGAAGAUAUAGCCAACUAUGGCAACAUCUCUAACCCAAGCGAACGUGCUCAGCACCCAAUCUGUAAUUACCGAGUCCCUUCCCACAGAAAACAAUACACCUCAAUACUUCAGUGUGACCAUAAGGCAGGACUCACUUACUGUCACCCUCGAUGGGCCAACGAUCUUCAUCCUUUCCGCCUCCCUCAUCUUCGCCAUCCAAUUCCUACAGCCGGUCACAGUCGCUGUGUUAAUUGGACUCGCCACGAUAGUCCUCUUUGUGCACAAUGACUACCAAAACUUUAUCAAACUUGGACCAGGCGGCACACCGUCAACCUUUACCGGUUACGUUCGCAUCAAUUGGUUAAAGCUUUGGGCGCUCCGCGACCCUUUCAAGCCGUUACCCUCUGACCAGGCAGCGCAGCCGGCGAGUGGGAUCCUAGCCAAGAAGCCCCUACCAUAUCGAUGUGGACCACGGCCUCGCGUUGUCGGAAUCGCUCCUCAGCGGCAGGUGAACCAGUUCGGUUCGAAAGAGUGCUAUCUUGCUCUUCGCCGCAUUCUAGAGAAUCACGGCCGAGUCCAUACCGAGGAGAUGGGCAUCGGAACAUCAUGUUUCGAGAAGCAUGGCCUCGGUCUGUUCUCCCGAUAUCCCGUCAACAACACCUGCCAAGGCGAGAUCUGCCAUGUCCAUAACUCGGAUCACUCGCUGCAUCUGAAUCUGCACUCGGAAGACGCCAAGGAGGUCAUCGAGAAGGGCUGGGGCCAGCGUCAUCCCCUUACCAGUCGCUGCUUUCUUUUCAAGAUGCCCGUUCCUCGCCAGUUCACCAUGGUUUAUGCCCCGCGAACAAGGGACGAGCUCAAGGUUGUUUGCCAGAUUAUCGAGGCCGCGGGGUGGUGGGUCAUUGCAAAAGAGAUUCGGUUGGACGUCCUGGGCGAGGUGUAAUGGGAUAGAAUAGGGGUGCCGUUGAGCUAAGGAGUGACGUAGUACAGCAAUCUACUAAAGCAAGCAAGCAAGCAAUGUCGGAUACCAGGUUGCGAAUUGGGUUUGCCAUAUGACUUACAGAAGAUUAAGCUUUAUACCGGUUACUAGAUAAAGAUUAAAUGGACAUUGAUAAUACCUUUCACACUCUUUCAAGAAGCC